UCGGCGGUGUCGGUGUCGGGCAGGUGUAUCGGGUAGAAUUUGUCAGAGUAUUUCCCACUAAAGUACAAAUUAAUUUAACUAAAUAAUUAAGAGGGUUUUCAACCGGGUGCAAAGCAGCUCGGCCAAAGUGCGUGAUAUGAUAUCGGCUGUAGUUAAAUAGUAAAUAAAGUAACGAACGAGGGGAAACAUGGCCUCUACUACGAGUAGCUCGUCAAACAACAUCCCAUCGGAAAAUAUUCCUCAAUGGAAAAAAGACCUUAUCCAACGCAGACGACAGCAGACCAAGGUCUUGGCUAAUAACGGAGCCAGCGUAAAACUGUGUACGGCAGUUAUCGCCGGUUUGGGAGGGGCUGAAACGUUUGAUAACGGUUUGACAAGUGUUUCACAUCAAGAAUGUGUUGGUAAUAGCAGCAGUUCCAACAGUGGUGGUGUUGGUGGGAACUCACGAACGACUGCUACUACUCACGACUCAAAAUGUGUUGGUGUUGUCGCUCAGCAUUCAGGAGCUUCAGGAGGGACGGCAACUGGCGCCGCUGACGGAGGAUUGACUCAUUUUCAGCCACAGAAUACAGUCGCGGGCAACAUGCGCCUUGAGACGGACGUGUUGUGUUCCGAUUCGGAUUAUGAUUUGAAUUCGGUUAAUAAUAAAAUGGUCGACAACAGAUCCGAGACUAAAAACGUUAUAACUAAAUUAAAAUCAAGCAAGUCUGACAUGGAGCUGUCAAAGUUUAAAGCGCCGAGUGAAGAUGGGGAAAGUGACAGUUCGGAGGAAUUGCAGUAUGGACCUGGAAUAGUGAACAGAUUGAGGAGUAAAUACUUGAACCUAACGCUUCGGGAAAUGAAUAAAUCGAGACCAACGGUACAGAAUUUUCGACGAGCCACCAGCCUUGAGGAUCUCCUAGAUUGUGACGAUGAUCCCCCUGAGAAAUCACCGAGGAAAUACGCAAAACGUAAUGUACCCGGUGUUUCGGUUAAAACCGAGAGGUACAGAAACAGUAACCGUGGUAAUGAUUCUAUGAAGAGAGCUCGCAGUGUUGAAACCCUCCUUCGAUAUAAUUCUGCCUCAGAUGAUGUUACCCCUCAUAUUGUGCCCAGCAGGUUUGUGGCCAGCAUUCCAAAGCACGAACCACCCAAUGAUCACAUUAUUUUGAUCGAUAGGACCUCUGUGAAAAUUGAAAACAAACUGGCUGAUCCCGACAGGCCAAAACCGCUCAACAAACCUAGAAGAAUAAAGUUGGUGGUCGAUGAAACGGAGAGACCACCUCCAGAUCUAGUCAAAACUACUAUGCGGAUCUUCGAGGGUUCCACAAAGAAACUCAAGCCAAAGGGAGAGGUCGCAGCUAAGGUGGCUACCUUCAAGACUAUAAAUGAUACCUUCAAAGCUCAGAACCAGAAAAAGUUAAUCCCCAAACCGCCGCUGCUAUCUAAACCGUUUUCCAAUGGUAUCAAGCUGCCUACUUCCCCAAAGAAGAUCGCACCCUCGAUACCGACGGUAGAGAGAUUAGAACAUCCUGAACUUCAGCACGACAACGAUGGUGUCAUCACGGAUCCUAUUGUCCAGUCGGUUUCAUCAGUUGUAAGCAAGUUCAGGCAAAUAGAAAUGUCUCAGUCGCCUUCUUCGUCUCCUGAGCCUCUUUGUAAACUCAAGUCAUCUCCUAUACCCAGUCCUGAGCCCCCGGUCAAUAAAUACAAGCUUUCACCAGAAUCCAAAGUAAAAUCACCUUCAUCUACACCUGAACCAAGGCCUGUACCCGACCCGAGAAUACCCUCUCCACAAAUCCUCUCCCCUUUGUCUCCCAAGAAAGAAAUACUCAGGCAAAAUUCAACUCAAUCAGUUGCUCCAAGUGUUGACCAAGAGAUAGCAAGGCCUACAUCAGCACCCGAGUUACCUAAGUUAGCUUGCGGUUCAGGUGAGUUAGUUGAGAGAAAUUCAGAGGCUCCAAAGUUAAACUCUGCUGAUUCGAGACAACAAAUACCAGAAAGAAUCGAGAGUCAGGAUGAUUGGAGAAAGGAAAUGCCAAGGUCAUCAUCACCGGUUGACUCAAGUGCUGGCCAGGAUGAGGAGAGCGAGGUUGUAGAUGGCAUAAAAAGCAUUUCCAAAACCGCUUUGGAGAAUAUUGGAAAGGCUGGUACCACGAUGCAGUUCAGCUUUAAUAACAAGGCCGAAACGAAUAAAAAUUAUUUACCCGGUAGAGGUCAGAAUGGGCAGAAUGCUAGCGAAAGUGUUUCAAAGCCUGUAAUGGAGAAGCUUACAGACACCCAAGACGGAACCGCAAUUCCUAGCAAGGCAAUUAACAGUUCUUCUGCGGAAAUUUCGGCAACAAAUAAUUCAUUCUCAGUAGGAAAUCUAAUCGCCGUCCCAGAUUCUUUCGUGGACUCAUUGGAAAGCUCGGCGAAUUUACUACAGGACAGGUUCGAGUCGACGGCGAAUGGCGAAGCGAAAACUUCAGCCGAAAAUGAGGACUCGGUUGUUGUUGCCGAGCCCCAAGUACGACACGAAAUAAAAAGUUCGACUAACGAAAGUAAGCCAAUCGGCGCUAUCUCUAGCCUUGGAUUAAUGAAAUCCACCACAACGGCGGCUAAUCCGUCAUACACGCAAUGCAACGAAACUAAAACGAUAAAGACACAAAAGACUGAAACGUCGUCGCCACCCCAAAAGCAGAUCGGCAUAAUCCGGCCGUUAGUUUCUACCAAGACUCAGCCUUCGCAGCAGCAGCAAAAUCUGAGCAAUAGGGAGAUGGAGAAAAACCUGAUAAACAGGGUCAAGAGCAUCGAACAACCAACGAAAGUUGUCGUCAGUUUAAAGAGUGCCGAGGAAAUUCAACCAGUGAAAAAAACAAAUACCGGUAGUGGUGGUGGUGGACUGUGGGAUACUAAGCCGUGGAACGAUCAGAACAACACUAUGGUAUUUAAUUUCAGCAACCGAAAAGAAGUGCCGGAUUACAUAGAGAACGACGGAUUACGAGUAAGAAGAAAACGUUCUAAACCAAAGGCCAACGAGGGAGGCAUAAUAGUCUUGGACGCAACUUUGGAUGCGUCGUCGACCGACGAUACGGAAUGGGAGAUGACCGGAGGACCUCCGUCGCCCUGUAACGUCAGUUUCCUCAAUGACAAUAUCCUCAUCAACGGGAGAAGCAAUUUGUCGAAACAGCCGCGCAACCACAAGUACCGCAUCCAGUUUGACGAUACAGCAACUAGAACAUUUGAAUAUCCGAGUGAGGCAUCGAUGCUUAUUGGUGAGGGCAGUAAUGUUGCUGCAGAAUCUUCCAUUGAUCGAACCGAUGCUGUUAGAGAUUCUGUCGAAAACAGACCAUCAUCGGUUAGCCCAACGCCUGGUAUUCCAUCGCUUUUAGGUGGAGGUGGUCUAGCCAGCUACACGCCAAGUAAAGUAGACCUGGCCUCAGACGGAUUUGAACUCGGGGUUACCAGAGCAUCGCCAUCAACAACUGUCAUUCGUGUGGAACAACCAGAAAGUCUGGGCGACGUUGACUACUUAAAACCUGCACAGGAUGCUGGCGCAUGGGGGUCUGAAACAACAGCGGACUUGUUGUUUUAAAUUUGUAUAGUUCGAUAAUGAAUUUUUCGAAUGGUCAAAUUAACGGAAGAACUAUUCAUGUGCUUAGUCAAGCAGGAUUCUAGUUCGGCGGAAGCUCACAGUAUAAAAGCAUGAUAAAAACAAAGUAAUUACACUUAAAGAGUAUACUAUGGUAGUGAUUUAAGUUGGAGGUAAAGUAACGAAAGUCAAAAAGAGAAUGCUUAGCAAGCAAAUGAAAUUUGAACAGUAUCAUUCCAAGUAUAUGCAUUUACUCUAUAUAUCUGUUAUAAGUCAAGUUUUUCUAAAUAUUGAAUUAAAAUACUGCCAAAUGAAAACACCUAUUAAGUAAUGUUUAUCGAACGCCCAUGAUUUCGUCUUCCAUUAGGGGUGGAAGACAAUGGUGCAUAUCAGUUGUGAGAAAAGUCGAGUAAAAGGUUUUUUAAAAUAAAUUCAAUAUCACUUUUGAGAUUGUUUAAAACAUAACAAUUACGGUAUUUUAGCCAAAAAUUGGAAAUUGUAUGUACGAUUUAUAAAAACUAGAAUUAAAAAUAACGCUAAAAAUAAGAAUGGAAUAAUGUCAGGUCGUAAUACAAUUGAAGUACACUGAAAUGUAGACUUGUAAAUCUUUUGCCAAAGUAGAACUUAAGUCUACUCAAGAUAAAUUUACGUACUUGUCAUUUUCAAAGUAAAAUUUUUAAUUCCAAAUUUUUGUCAUUCCGUAAAUGCGGUUUCACAUUGAAGCGGACUUUCAAUCAUUCCUAGAUUCUGUAACGAAUUUCUAAUUUGAUAAUGACUUAAUAAGGUAAUAAAUAACUCACAUCUGCUAAUUUUAUUGAGCAUUAUUUAACCCGGUAUUAGUGUGAGUGUAAAGAAAAGUAAGCUUUUCAAUUCGACCCGUGCUUAAUUCUCAUGCGUCGUGUUUGGAUGUGGACCAAGAGCAUAUAUUCAUCAAAAUCAGUCGUUUCUAACAUAGAGUACUAGUUCGGAAAGUCCAAUUGUUAAUUAUGAUUAUUAAUUUUAAGUGACUUGAAUUGUGUACAUAUUAAAUUAUUAUUGGUCUUAAGUUGUGUCGGAACACAGUCUUUGUUAACGUUUCUGGGAAGCAAAUUUCAAUACCUAACUGCUUAUUAAUUUAAGUAUAAAUCAUGAUAAUUGGAUAAUAAUUUGUCAUUUCGCGUACUGUCCGUUAAGAGAUUUUUGAUUCAUGUUUCGGAGCUGAAAUCAAUAAACCCGUAAUGUUCAAAACAUCCUCUAAAAAUGUUAAGUGUAGUAUUUAAAGUGUGAUUGAAUUAAGAUAUGGUAAGCAUAGUAGUAAGUAUAACUUGAAGCUACGGAACGAUUCAAUUUUUUAUAAACAGUGCUGAAUAAUUAGUUUUCAGUCACCAUAACACUCCGUCAAAAGUCAAAUAUCAUGCGUUCGGGAAUCAAGUAUACAAGUUGAGAAUCAAUGUAGUAUAGGCAAUAAUAAUCGGAACUGCAAAUUUGUAUGAAAAUACCGAAUCAUUUUAUGGUACUUCAUCUUUGUGAUGUAAUGUGUUUUACUCCCUCAUACUUUCCUUCUAUUCUUUUCUAAUUCUUGUCGUGUAGCCUAGUAGCUGGUAUGUCAAUGUCACGGCGUUCGCCCGUCAUUGUGAUAUAUUUGUUCGCGUGUAGAACGUUUAAAAUUUCUCUUUGAGCCCAUGCAUCUGAACAAACCUGUUUUCCGUGUGUAUAUUUAGAGAACAUUUAGUGAACAUGAAAAAAUUAUGGGCGAGUAGUUGGCAUAUUACAUCCCCGAAUUUGGUGAAUCUCCAGGCCCCUAAUCAUGGAAAAGAAAUUCAUUAUCUUUUCUUGUUCAUUCAAUACUUGCAUGGGCUUCAUAUCUUUAUGUAAAUUAUUAUUGUACAGUAUCGUAAUAUACCCAUCAGCGUAGUAUGCAAGAUAUAUAAUUACAUCAUCAUCUGAGUAAAAAACCUAGUAUUAUUCUAAUUCUAAGAUUGUAAUUCCCAUGAAGCAUUCAUUUACAUUACAAACAUACUUAAUAAUUAGAAAAAAAAAAAAAACAAUUGUGUGAUGUAUCUACUGUACUGGAACUACGUGUUACGAAAUAUUAAAGUAAUAAAGAAAUAACGAAACUGA